AAAUUGAAAAGUUGGCUGUGAAAGAAAAUAAAGUCUUCAAAAAUUGGUAGGGGCGUUUUCAAAAAGUACAGAACUUCUGCUAUUAUGGAAACUGUAGAGAAUACUAACACUGAAGGUACAGUUGUGAAAAAAACUGUAGAAACUUCUGUUUCAGAAGAUGGGACAACAGUAAUCACAGAAGAAACAACAAUUAUUGAAGUCAAUGGCGACAGUCAUCCCAAACCAGAAUUGGUAUCCGUUUUAAAAGAAGGGGAGCAGGAGAACAACGAUAAAAGUACUAAAAAGUCAGAAGAAGUCGUAUCUUCAGAAAAAGAGAAUGUUACCCAAGAGAGUGACAUUCCAGUUGCUGUUGAAACAGAAAGUGAAGUUAUUACUGGCAGUAGUUCGGAAGAGAAAAAAGCAAUGCCUAAGGUAACAUUGCAUCAAUUUCCACCAAGCAAGAAUGUGCCUAACCUUUCUCCAUUUUGCUUAAAAUUAGAAACAUUUUUGCGCUUGCACAAAAUCCCAUAUGAAAAUCAGUAUGGAUACAAGAUGGGGAAAAAUGGAAAGAUGCCAUGGAUUGAAUACCAAGGUGAACGUAAAGCAGAUUCUAACCUUAUAUUAGAUUUUUUAAAUGAAAAAUUUGAUAUAAAUAUGGACAAUGAAUUUAGUUCAGAACAGCAAGCAAUUGGUAGGGCUGUUAAAAUUAUGGUUGAAGAAAACACCUAUUGGACUAUGUGCUUUACCAGAUACAUUGAUAAUUUCAAUGAAUUUAAAAAAUUUAUUGCUCCUGCUUCUGGUGGAGGUAUAGGUUUUAGCGUAAGCAUGAAGAUGCAACAACGGAAGGUGAGAUCCAGUUUGGAAGGGCAGGGUAUUGGUCGUCAUACACCAGAAGAGAUUUAUAAGAUUGCAGAACAAGAUAUUUUGGCGAUUUCCAACAUUCUUGGUGAUAAAGAAUAUAUACUUGGUGAUAAGCCUUCGUCAUUUGAUUGUGCGUUAUUUGGUUUCCUUGCAAAUAUAUUGUGGUGUGGAUUGGAGUCACCAUUGGCAGAAUUCAUUAAUGAAAGUGCAAAAAAUCUCAUUGAUUAUACUAAGAAAGUAAAAGAGUUAUGCUGGAUGGACUGGGACGAUAUGAUAUUGGGAGAGAAACAGGAGCCUACACUCAAAAAAGGAUUUAGCUUUAGAAAAAAGAAGGCAAAAAGUGUCAAACCAAAAGAGAAAGAACAUCCUGCUGAGAAAGAGGAAAGGGAAGGCCCCGUUCAAUCAGAAAAUGUCACAGAGGUUAAAACUGAAGAACAUAAAAAUGUGGAAGAAGUGGCUGAGGUAGAAAAUACAGAAACCAAGGAAGAAGAAAUACUGGCAAAUGGAGGUCAGGAAAAAUCAGAGCAAUGAUCAAUUAGACUUAUAAUUAGGAACAUCAUUGAAGUUGGAAUUUCUCAUUCAUUUAUAGACAGUUAAACUUGAUAUCUAAGUUGAUUUAGUGAGAAUUUUGGUUUUAUGAAACAGCUGCAACAGUCGAAUAUUUCCUAUGCAAGAUGCUUUGGACAUCAUAUAACCUGUAGAACACGUGUUUGGUUUUUACUGUCUAAUUCCCUUCUCCUGAAGAAAUGUUUGAAUGUUGAUAAUUCACCCUUCUCACCAGUUUUCAGGCGAAACACUGCCGUCUUAUUUAUUAUGAAGUCUACCAUGUUCACCUCCUUUGCGAUUUGUAACGUGGAGUUCUUAAUGUAUUUACUAAAGUUUGUGUAUAUUUAACAUAAAUAUGUAUUGUGCAGAUGUUUAAUUUCAGGGGAUAAUACAACGAAUAAUUUCUUGUUUUUGAGAAAUGUAUAGUGUCAAUUUCUUUUUCCAACUGCUCACUGACAGAUUUUAUAAAAUUGUGUUUCUUAUAAAAACAGUGUAUUGCAUGCCCAUAGAAAUGCGAUGUAAUAUAGAUUUGUCUUCUAUGUUCUAAUGUUAAUGUGAUUUUUAUUUCUUUAAUCUGUAGCAUGUUUUUCAUUUUACAUAUGCAUCAAAUAAACUGGUUUUACUUA